AUGACGGAGAGAUUCAAGAGAAUUGAAGAAAGCGAUGACAAGGAAGUUUUUGAAUUCUUCCCUGGAGCAUUGUGUUUGCUGGUUGUGUUCGGGUCUACCGCUGUCUCCGAUGACAACGACCUUACCCUAGGCCAUUCUGCAAUCAGGGAGCUGGCAAAGAAGAAGGUUGUUAGCAGUGUACUUCGCAUUCCUGCAAAAGAUUCAUUUGGAGGAUUCUGUGAUACAUUUUGCACAUUGACUAGCGAGAUUACGUUUGGCCCUUCUGAAGUAUUUGCGUCCCACACUUUUGUCCGUGCUUAUUGUAUGGAUGACAACACCGAAGAGCUUGAUACUAGAUCUGCACUUCGUUCUUCACCUGGCACAGAAGAAUCAGGACUCUUGCAAAAUCUUCAUGAGCAGUUCAAAAAUAGAUACGGCACAUCUGGAAGUCUGUAA